ACUAACACUAAUACUAAUAGUACAGUGACAACUGCUCGAGGACAGUGAUUACACGUGUGUGGGUGUUUUCCCUUGAAUAUCACUUAAAUAAAAUAAUGCUUGCAGCUGUUGUUGUGUCUAGUUUAUUGCUCCAUGGUUUUAGUUGUACCACACCAGCAACCAACCAGUUGUGAGGAAAUGCAACCUUGUUUUGAGAAGACUUUGUGAGGAAUAUGGAUGCGGAAUAUGAUGGUGGAGACAAGGCAAGGCUUGUUCAGAAAGAAAGACCGGAGGUCAGUGAGAGUGAUGGAGCGCAACAAGAGGGAGGAACUUUCCAGACUAAGAUCGGUCUUGCUUUAUCCUGUAUAGGAUGCGUGGUUGGAACGGGAAACAUCUGGAGAUUCCCAAGAAUCUUAGCCAAUAAUAGCGGCCAAAAAGGUUGUCUUCAGUUCCUGUUGAUCUGGGUGAUCUUUCUCUUCAUCUGGUCGAUCCCGAUGCUGAUAAUAGAAUACUCCGUCGGUCGUUUCACAAAGAAAUCAACGAUCCUCUCUUUCCAGAAGAUGAUCGGAGUGGAGAAUAUGUGGGGAGGUGCAUGGAUUGCCCUGGUAACCUUAGGAAUAGCAGCGUACUACUCAGUCAUCGUAGGAUGGUGUUUAUAUUAUCUUUUCUUCUUCAUCGCUAACGAGCUUCCGGAAACAUUUGUUGAGAGUAAUUCAAUCUUCUAUAAUUUUUCAGAGGACUCCUUCUUUCCAGUCCUUUGUCAUUUUGUUGCCAUUGCCUUCGGAGCAUUCUCAGUGGCCUGGGGUGUGAAGAGUAUAGAGCUGGCCAAUUGCGUUGUUGUUCCUGUCUUCCUUGUCCUUCUACUGUUUACAUUCAUCUGGAGUAUGACAUUGGAGAAUGCAGGCGCUGGGAUAAAGUUCAUGUUCUCACCAGACUGGGAGCAAUUUAAACAGCCAGGAUUGUGGGUGGAUGCCGUUACUCAGAAUGCAUUUGAUACUGGGGCCGGCUCAGGUUUGUUUAUCUCCUACGCUGCGUAUAUGACGUCAAAGAAUGGCAUCGUACGCUACGGGACCCUCGUACCACUCUGCAAUAAUGUUAUUAGCCUGCUUUGCGGAAUGGUCACAUUCUCAACUGUUUUUUCAAGUGAAUUAAAGAACGGAUCAUCUACAGAGGAAAUUGUAAAGUUGCUGCAACAAAAUGGACCUGGAAAUACUGGACUCACCUUUGUUUGGAUGCCUAUCCUGUAUAAUAAGAUCAACGGUGGGCGAGUCUUCAUGGUGUUCUUCUUCUUCUCGUUACUUCUUGCCGGCUUCAGCUCUCUGGUUGCUCAGUUAGAGCUCUUCGUUCACAACAUGAAAGAUUUUGGAGUGUCAAGAAAAAUAGCUGCUCCAGUUGUUGCGUUGGUGGUGUUUUUUACUGGCCUUGGUUCAGCUCUCAGCCUCAACUUUUUAGUUAAUCAGGAUUUUGUUUGGGGAUUUGGCCUUCUUCUCUCAGGAAUGGCUCUGCAAUUUUUAGUCAUUCGAUAUGGCAUCCAUAAAUUCCGUGAAGAACUUGUUAAUAAGUUCAGCGAAAGUGACUGGCCGCUGCCUGUAAUAUGGGAAUGGAUUGUCAAAUUUAUUGCUCCUCUGGAAGCAGUGACAUUAAUUGUUUGGUGGGCAGUAACAACAAUCAUGAACUCCGAUCCUUGGUAUGGUUUCUCAACCGAGAGCUUCAUGAUAACUAUUGCUCAGUGGAGUGGUUUCUUCCUACUCAUCUUGCUGUUGAAUUUCCUGUAUGUUAAAUAUUGGAGACAUUUGAUACCAAUUCCCGGUGACGUGACGGAGCUUCCUCUACCGCCCUCGCCUGAGGGGAACGAGUACAAGGAUGGAACGUACAGAACAUUUGGCGAGUCAGAAACGUCACAAUAAUCUGAAAGAUUAUACUCUCAUCAAGGGGCAU